AUGUCGUUUGAAGUUGGCACGCGGUGCUGGUUCCCGAGCAAAGAGCAGGGCUGGAUCGGAUGCGAGGUGACGAGGAACAAGUUCGAGGACGGGAAGUACGCGCUGCAGCUUGCCCUCGAGGAUGGGACUGUGGUGGACGUGCAGGUGGACUCGCUGACCGAUGACAAGGACGAGCAGCUUCCUUUGCUGCGGAACCCGCCGAUUCUGGAGGCGACGGAGGACCUUACCUCGCUGUCGUACUUGAACGAACCCGCGGUGCUGCACGCUAUUAAGCAGCGAUACGCUCAAUUGAAUAUAUACACGUACUCUGGGAUUGUGCUGAUUGCGACGAACCCGUUCGAUAGGGUUGACCAACUGUACUCGCCGGAUAUGAUCGAGGCGUACGCUGGGAAGCGCAGGGGAGAGAUGGAUCCGCACUUGUUCGCGAUCGCGGAGGAGGCGUACCGCCUCAUGAAGAACGGCCACGAGAACCAGACGAUUGUUGUCAGCGGGGAGUCUGGGGCAGGGAAGACGGUCUCGGCGAAGUACAUAAUGCGGUACUUCGCGUCCGUCGAGGAGGAGAUGUCCUCCAACAUGGGCAACUUGCAGCACCAAGCAGAGAUGUCCGAGACGGAGCAGAAGAUCCUCGCAACAAACCCGAUCAUGGAGGCGUUUGGGAACGCCAAGACCACAAGAAACGACAACUCGUCCCGGUUCGGGAAGUACUUGGAGAUUCUCUUCAACGACAAAACCUCGAUCAUCGGCGCCAAGAUUAGAACUUACUUGCUGGAAAGGUCCAGAUUGGUGUACCAACCACCAACGGAAAGGAACUACCAUAUCUUUUACCAGUUGCUUGCAGGUCUGACCCCGGACGAGAAGGCGAAACUUUACUUGACAGACGCGGAGGAUUUCGCGUACACGAACCAGGGCGGCGACACCAAGAUCAAGGGGAUGGACGAUGCAAAGGAGUACUCUAUUACUGUGGACGCGUUGCAACUGGUCGGUAUCGACGAGACUGCGCGUGCUGGGAUCUUCCAGAUCCUAGCCGCGCUGCUUCACAUCGGUAACAUCGAGGUUAAAAAGGGCAGAACGGACGCUUCGUUGUCCUCCGAAGAACCAAACUUGAUUAAAGCUUGUGAACUGUUGGGGAUUGACACGUUCAAUUUCGCGAAAUGGACCACGAAGAAGCAAAUUGUGACGAGGGGGGAAAAGAUCGUUUCGAAUCUGAACUUCAACCAAGCGGUUGUUGCGAGAGAUUCCGUCGCGAAGUUCAUAUACUCUGCAUUGUUUGACUGGCUGGUCGCCAACAUUAACACGGUGCUGUGUAACCCUGCGGUCACCAACCAAGUGAAAUCAUUCAUCGGUGUCCUGGACAUCUACGGGUUCGAGCACUUCGAAAAGAACUCCUUCGAACAAUUUUGUAUCAACUACGCGAACGAGAAGUUGCAACAGGAAUUCAACCAACAUGUGUUCAAACUGGAACAGGAAGAAUACGUCAAGGAGGAAAUAGAGUGGUCGUUCAUCGAGUUCAACGACAACCAACCGUGCAUUAACCUUAUCGAAAACAAGAUAGGUAUCCUGUCGCUGCUUGACGAGGAGAGUAGACUACCCGCGGGUUCUGAUGAGUCCUGGACGCAGAAAUUGUACCAGACUUUGGACAAACCUCCAACGAACAGAGUCUUUUCAAAGCCUAGAUUUGGCCAGACCAAGUUCGUGGUUGCGCAUUAUGCCCACGAAGUUGCUUACGACACUGAAGGGUUUAUUGAAAAGAACAGGGACACCGUCUCCGAUGGCCAUUUGGAGGUCCUCAAGGCUUCCACGAACGAGUCUUUGUUGAAUAUCUUGCAAAACAUGGAAUUAGAGGCCGCCAAGCUGGAAGAAGCUAAAAAGGAGGAACAAGAGAAACAGGGCGCGGUAGCUAAACGACCGGGCCCUAUGAGAGCGACCAACAGGAAACCUACCUUGGGGUCUAUGUUCAAACAGUCUCUGAUUGAACUGAUGACUACAAUCAACUCGACCAACGUCCACUACAUCCGCUGCAUCAAGCCUAACAACGACAAGGAGGCCUGGGUGUUUGAUAAUCUGAUGGUUCUAUCCCAAUUGAGGGCCUGUGGUGUCUUAGAAACAAUCAGAAUAUCCUGUGCUGGGUUCCCAUCACGGUGGACUUUUGACGAGUUUAUUCUGAGAUACUAUAUCCUUACCUCUCCUGAUGAGUGGGCUAGUAUUUUCAGGAACGAGAACACGAGCGAAGACGAUAUCAUUGCUCUGUGUAAGAAAAUCUUAAACGUUACAGUGCAGGACAAGACAAAGUACCAAAUCGGUAAUACGAAGAUAUUCUUCAAAGCCGGGAUGUUGGCGUAUUUGGAAAAGUUAAGAACUGAUAAGAUGAACCAUGCGAUUAUCAUGAUUCAAAAGAAGAUCAGGGCGAAGUACCACCGCAAGCAGUACUUGCGGAUUCAAAAAUCGAUUGCGAAACUUCACUCUUUGGUCAAAGGUGUCGUUGUCAGGUCCACGGUGGAGACUGAGAUGAGAGUUAACUUGGCUAUUGACAUCCAGAGACUGUACCGUGGUGAAACGGUGCGUUUAGAGACGGAACAAGUGUUGUCAAGCGUCGCUGAGAUUCAAAGAAGGAUCAAGAGACGUCUUGCGGAGACACAUCUGCGCGAGAUGUACGAACAAAAAGCUGCCGUGUCGAUCCAAAGCAGAGUCAGGGCUUUCCAACCUCGGAGACGUUUCAACUUCCGGAGACGUUGUGCUGUUGUUAUCCAGUCGCGUAUUAGAAGACGUUUCGCGGAGGCUAAAUUGAAGGUAUUGAAGGCGGAGGCGAAGAGUGUCAACAAGUUGCAAGAGAACAGUUACAAGUUGGAAAACAAGGUGAUUGAGUUGACGGAGAACUUGGCCGCCAAAGUGCGUGAGAACAAGGAAAUGCACAUUAGGUUGGUUGCCUUGCAAAAACAGCUGGAUGAAACUGCCACUUUGAGGGACUCGAUUGAAUCGCAGAGACUGGAACAUAGCAAGAUGAUCGAGGACCAGCAGUCCGAUUUCGUCACGAAACAGAAAGAUUUGGACGACCAAUUGUUGGCCGCACACAAGUCUAUUGAAGGGUAUGAGCGUGAGAUUGCCGAAAUGACGGCAAGGCACGGUGUUCUAAAACAGGAAUCGCUUGCGACGCUUGAGGAGUUGGACACCGCUAGAAAGGAGUUGAAUGAUUACAAGUUACAGAAUUCUGAUCUUCAAAACGAGGUGAAGUCUCUUAAGGAGGAGAUUGUUCGUCUGCAGAACAGUAUUGCCCUGGGGACUGUCACCACCAGUGUUAUUCCACACAGUCCCGGUGCUAGGAUGUCGAGUGAGAGCAGAGUGUUGACAAACGAGUUCAUCGAGGAGCACACUGUCGAUGGGAUGAUCUCGCAAGGUGCACCACUAGUCGGUGCGUCUGUCGAAGAGAUCAACGACGAGUUGUUCCGUUUGCUGGAGGACACAGACGCGUUGAACGAGGAGAUUACUGAGGGUCUGUUGAAGGGGUUCAAAGUGCCAGACUCUGGCGUGGCGAUCCAGUUGAGCAGGCGGGACGUGGUGUACCCUGCGCGGAUCCUAAUCAUCAUAUUGAGCGAGAUGUGGCGGUUUGGGUUGACGAAGCAGAGCGAGAAUUUCUUGGCGCAAGUGUUGACUACGAUUCAACGAGUGGUUACCACUUUGAAGGGGGAACACCUUAUUCCCAGCGGUGCCUUUUGGCUUGCCAAUGUGCGUGAGUUGUACCUGUUCGUACUUUUUGCACACCACUCGAUCCUGACACAGGAAUCCUUUAAGGAGGACAUGAACAAGGAGGAGUACGAUGAGUACGUCUCGUUGGUGACUGAAUUGAAGGAGGAUUUCGAGUCCUUAAGUUACAACAUUUACAAUAUCUGGAUGAAGAAGUUACAGAAGGAGUUGCAAAAGAAGGCGAUCCCCGCGAUCGUAUUGUCCGAGUCGCUGCCCGGGUUCAGUGUCGCGGAGAACGGUGGGUUCUUGAACAAGUUUUUCAGCCACAACGAGGAGUACACGAUGGAUGACAUCUUGACUUUCUUCAACAACAUCUACUGGUGUAUGAAAUCGUUCCAUAUUGAGCACGAGGUGUUCCGACAAGUGGUGACGACUCUGCUGACGUACGUCGACGCGAUCUGUUUCAACAGCUUGAUCAUCAAGAGGAACUUCUUAUCCUGGAAGCGCGGGUUGCAAUUGAACUACAACAUCACGCGGUUGGAGGAGUGGUGCAAGACGCAUGGGCUUGUCGACGGCGCGGACUGCCUACAGCAUCUGACGCAGACAUCGAAGCUUCUGCAGUUGAAGAAGUACACGACGGAGGAUAUCGAUAUCCUACGCGGGAUCUGUUCGGACUUGACCCCAGCACAAUUGCAGAAACUGAUCACACAAUCGUACACGGCAGAGUACGAGUCUCCGACGCCGCAGGAAGUGCUCGAGUACGUUGCUGGGAUCGUGAAGGCGGAGGGCAAGCAAGCAAACACGGAGGGCAAGCAAGCGAACACGGAUAUCUUCCUGCAGUUGAAGACGGGGCCCUUCGAGGACCCGUUCAUGAAGAUCCCACACAAGAAGUUCGACCAAGUCGAGGCGUACAUCCCCGCGUGGCUGAACUUGCCGAUGACGAAACGGAUCGUCGACCUCAUCGCGCAAAAUGUCAACGCGGGAGGGGAGACCCAGGGAGAGUGA